AUGGCCCAGCUGAAGCCCUUUCGCGGGGACUACUACCUCUGGGAAUAUGUCCCCUCCAAGGCGGCGGCCAUUCUCUUCACCAUCCUCUUCAUCAUUGCGACGGGGGCCGUCAUAUGGCGCAUGGUCCGGACCAAGACGCUGUUUAGCAUCGCCUUUACCAUCGGCGGGCUGUUCGAGAUCAUCGGAUACGCCGCACGCGCCGUCGCCGAAGACAAGACGGAGCAGCUCGGCCCGUUCAUCGUGCAGAGCGUGCUGCUGCUCGUCGCGCCGGCCCUCUUCGCGGCGUCGAUCUACAUGGUGCUGGGGCGGCUGAUGGUCAGCAUCCACGGGGAGCGGCACUCGCUCAUCCCCGUGCGGUGGCUCACCAAGGCCUUCGUCGCGGGCGACGUCUUCUCCUUCAUGGUGCAGGCCAGCGGCGCGGGGCUCAUGGCCAAGAGCGACUUCAGCCAGGACACGGCGCAGAACAUCAUCCUGGCGGGGCUCUUCAUCCAGAUUGUCAUGUUUGGGCUGUUCGCCGUGACGGCCAUUGUGUUUGACGUGCGGAUGCGGCGGUGGCCGAGCGGUGCGUCCAUGGCCGAGGACGGGGGUUCGGCGUGGAAGCGCAUCGUGUGGAUGCUCUACGCGGCCAGCGCGCUCAUCAUGGUGCGCAGCAUCUUCCGCGUCAUCGAGUACGCCACGGGCAAGGACGGGUACCUGCUGGGCCACGAGUGGACGCUCUACGUCUUCGACGCCGUGCUCAUGCUCGCCGUCAUGGUCGUCUACGCGUGGAUCUACCCGGGCGGCCUGAGCGCCGCCGCCGCCACCAAGCCGCGGCCCUGGGAGCCCGUCGACUCGGCGGCGUCGGCCGGCGUGGGCGAGGAGAUGAGGUACGGCAGCGGCGACAGAUUGCGCGCUGCCGAGGCCGGAAGGAAGUAG